AUGACCAAGGAAACAGCAAUCCAAGAUGAAUUGAAUCCAAAGACUACACAAAUUCCAAAAAACGAAGAAAAGUCGUUUGCGAACAAGGAGGUUCUGCCAAAAAUGAAGAAGAUCGAAGGAGACGAGCCGAGCCAUUUGCAAUUGAGCGAGAAAUUUUUGAAGCGCUGGUCGAUUGAGGGAUUGAUUGGGAAAGGUGGAUAUGGAGAGAUUUAUCUGGCAGUGGAUAUUGUGAAAGGGGAAGAGGUGGCGAUUAAAGUGGAGCCGAAGAAGAGAAGAGGGAAAUUGGCGAAGAGGAUGAUUCUGGAGCAACAUGUGAUGUUCAAGAUGCAAGGGAAACCUCAUGUUCCGCUGAUGUAUGGAUCUGGUUACACGGAUAAAAUCAACUUCAUGAUUAUGCAAAUUCUGAGUAUCAACGUUGGAGAUAUGAAGAAGAAUAAUCCGAAUAAAAGAUUGAGUCAAUGUUCGGUAGGACGAAUCAUUCAUCAAUCGAUAACAGCUCUUCGGGAUCUUCACGACGUUGGAUACGUGCAUCGAGAUGUCAAACCAGCGAAUAUGUGUUUCGGGAUCUAUCCAUCGAGCCAUCACACUCUAAUUCUACUGGAUUUCGGCCUAGUUCGGAGAUACAAAAUGGAGAAUGGAGAAUGGAGAGAACAGAGAGCUCGUGCCGGAUUCCGUGGAACCACUCGCUACGUCUCGAUCCGCGUCCAUCGUCGUUGCGAACAAGCGCCCUACGAUGAUAUGGUUUCAGUGAUGUACACUGCUUAUGAACUACUUUCUGGAGAACUUCCGUGGAAAUAUCUCGAAAAGUCACAAGAGGUUCUUCAGUUGAAAGAGGCCAUGACAGAAAACGGAGUGAAUGCAGAAUUCUUCAAAGGAGAGAAAUCGGUUCUAAUCGAUUUUUUCAAAGUGGUUUCUGAGAUGGAUUCGAGUAAAGCACCAUGCUACGAUCAGAUGAUUGAAUGUAUCAAAGUUCUCUACGCUCCGAAGACGCUGACAGAUCCAUACGAAUGGGAAGAGAAUCAAAAGAAUGGGGAAGAUGCUUCCCAAGAAGAAAAUAGCAAAUAA